AUGUGGUUUCACCCCCAUGCUGUCACUUAUGUCUGUGAAACUGUCAGCGCCAAAAUGGAUGCCGUGAAGGAAGAUCUUCGGGGAACGCUCGACUCCGUCACUCCAGAAUUCCUGUCAACAUGGGACCUUAAUUCGAUGAUGCGAGACAUGGUUGUACCCAAAGUGCCAGUCCUGCAAUCUAUCCUGCGUCGUGCUGCUCAGACGGAUCGUGCUGUGGCCAAGAACAAGAUAAAAGAUUGCAGUACUGCGUGUAACGUGAUUAUCACCCAACUCGCGUCUCAGCGCUCGCAUCAUAGCCUUUUCCUUGCUGCUCCGUUUACUCUCUUCCUCUGGACAAAUGGUGCAUCCAGGCAAACCAUCGAAGCCCUGUACAAAUGCAGCCUUUGCAUUUCAUUUACAUCCCUCCUUACACUGCUCGAGAAGCUUGCUGCACGGUGCCUCGAACAUGCAAGACAGCUUGUCCGUCAGCCACAUGUGAUGUGCUAUGACAACAUAAAUAUAAGCACAUCUAUCUUUGUUGAACAGCGACCUGAUGCUCCAGCGAAGGUUCAGUCAGGAACCUUUGCCAUUCUUUAUGAAGUUCGCAAUGGGAAUCCAGAUUAUAUGCACCUCUUGCCGAUGUUGAACCGUCCCCUCCAUGCUACUGAAAUCUCGUUCAGCUCUGAUGUUCGUCCGACCUUCGAUCAGAUGCAUUCAUUCCAAUAUCAACUUCGCAUUCAUGUUAUUGAAAUUCUCCUUGACAACUGCUCGAACUUUUCGGAUUAUGAUCGGUCAACACUACGUCAUGGUGAACGUCACAAAAUGCCUCGAGGUUAUUGGACGAAACAAUUUCCCUUGCGUACCUCGACUAUCGACGAAAGUUCCAUCACAGGGAAUAUUGCAGUCAUAAACGACGUCUACAUAAAUCAACUGCAGAUGAAACAUCAUGAAUUAUCAGAUCGAGCCAUUCCUAUCAUUCAACUUGGAUUUGGCCUGUUCCACCUCUGUCUUAAUCUUGUCUGGGCACUCCUCCAUGUUCAUCGAGGAUCUAUUCAUCAAAUUGGUAGCCUCUCGUAUUUCUUCACUCUACUUGAUCGAACACAACUUGGAUGCGAACACCCGGACUAUCACACACUUCUUGCAACACUGAUGCAGAUUCUACAAGGCAUUGUCGUGAAUGCUUGGCGGAAGGAGUGCGGGCAUGUUUCAUUAGCUGUCUUUGCUUCUUCAGACCCUACUGCCGACAAACUUCUUGAGAUCGCGGACAAGAUUCUCAUUACACACGCUACACCUGUUCAUGAGCCGUCCAAGAAGAAACGAAACCAUGCAACUCUAUUCGAGGAUUCCGAACCCACAGACACGGCUCACCAUAACCUGCAGCUUCUUACCCGUGAUCUUCUCUAUGUUCUGGAGCUAACCAGUGCCAUCUCGCACGGUGACUGGGGCUGCAUUGAAGAUAUCCUCGGAAACUUAGCAAUGAUAUUCCGCGGAGCCGGCUCGAACAACUACUGCUCUGAAAUCCUUCAUUUUCUCUUUAACCUUAAGAAAAUCUGGACUCCUGAAUUUGCGUGCGAUUUCAUUUUCACUUUUAGAUUAUUUUGA